AUGCCUACAACUUUAGAGGAGCCGUCUGCCUGCCAGGAGGACAUGGCCAGGUUCACCAAAAGCUCUGUCUUGGGUGCAACGUUUGAAAUUACAGAGAGUAUAACCUUCUUGUGGCUUGGUUUAAUGAUAUGUUCACAAACCAGCUCUGCACGAGAUCAGUUUACCAAUCAGACUGUCGCGAUAAAAAAGUUGGUGAAACCCUUCGAAAGACAAAAUAUUGCCAAGCGUACCUUAGUUGAGGUCAAACUUUGGAAACAGCUUCGACAUGAAAAUGUUUGUGAAUCAGUUACUUUACUUACCUCGAUGGGGUUAACAGCCUAA